UGAAAUUUGAAAUAAAGAUCAAAAAUUUUUCGUACAUCACAGAAUUUUAUGUUUUAAAAGCUUCAUUCUUGACCCAAAAUUUUAUUCGUUAUACAUUAUGCCUCCACAGAAAUCUCCAGGACCAGCAAAUUUUACAUUAAAACCUCUUGUUGGAUUUAAUAAUCAUGACUUUAACAGUUUAAAGAAACGAGCACCUCAAUGGUCGUUCGGAAAACGUCUUAAAGGCCUUUCUGCUGAUAAAACACCAGGUGCUGAUAACUACGAUACCAGAAAAGUUACGCGUUAUGGGAUCUUUCCGAAUGUACCAGGAAAAAUUUCAAUAAAGCACAAGGAGCUUAAAUCCGAUUUCGGACCAGGACCAAACAAAUACAAUGCUGUCGAUGUCACAGUCUUUAAAGGAAAAAGUGCCGCAAAGUUCACGAUGGGACUUAAAACAAAACAAUUAAAUGACAAUUGCAGUCCUGGACCAGUAGCACAAAUCACACCUCUUUCUGUCUACAAGAAAAGAGCUCCAACAUAUCCAAUGUUUGCACGUAACAAGGAACUUUCAGAUGGAAAAUCUCCUGGUCCAAAUAAUUACAGCACUGUCGACAGUAAAUUAAUGACAAUGAAGACUAAUCCAGCAUAUUCAUUUAGAUCAAGAACUGCUGUCAUCGAUAAAGAUAGGAAGCCAGGACCAGCAGAUUAUAACUUAAUAAAGCACAAUCCCUUUUCAAGUCCACCAUGCUUUACAAUCCGACGGCAUCACUCUGAAUAUGCAAAUUUUCUCAUUUUACCAAACGAUAAUUGUUAAAUAAAAUCUCAUCUCUUUUUUUUGGGAUACAACCGACCGCGU